AUGGCAGCCUCCAGCCUGGACUUCGGGGAGGUGGAAACUUUUCUGGAUAGGCACCCAGAGUUGUUGGAAGAUUAUUUGAUGCGGAAAGGGAAGCAGGAGCUGGUGGACAAGUGGCUAAGAAGGCACAGUCCGGGACAGGGGGCUUCAGGCCUGAAGCCUGCCCUGACUAGCACUGGCAGCUUGGCUCAGGGUAGUGGCAGAGGCAGCCCUGGGAUAGGUGGUGGUGCUGGACCCCAGGGCUCUGCCAACAGCCAUCCCAUGCCAGGUGGUGGGGAAAGUGCUGGGGUUCCCUUGAGUCCCAGCUGGGCUAGUGGCAGUCGGGGCGAUGGGAACCUGCAGCGGAAAGCUUCGCAGAAAGAACUGCGGAAGAGCUUUGCCCGCUCCAAAGCCAUCCACGUGAACAGGACCUACGAUGAACAGGUGACCUCCCGGGCCCAGGAGCCCAUGAGCAGUGUCCGGCGGAGGGCCCUGCUCAGGAAGGCCAGCUCUCUGCCCCCUACCACAGCCCACAUUCUCAGUGCCCUGCUGGAAUCGAGGGUGAAUCUGCCUCAGUAUCCCCCUACGGCCAUCGACUACAAAUGCCACCUCAAAAAGCAUAACGAACGCCAGUUUUUCCUGGAACUGGUCAAGGACAUCUCCAAUGACCUUGACCUCACCAGCCUGAGCUACAAGAUCCUCAUCUUUGUCUGUCUCAUGGUGGACGCUGACCGCUGCUCUCUCUUCUUAGUGGAGGGGGCAGCUGCUGGCAAGAAGAGUUUGGUCUCCAAAUUUUUUGAUGUGCAUGCAGGAACCCCACUGCUUCCCUGCAGCAGCACAGAGAACUCAAAUGAGGUGCAGGUCCCAUGGGGCAAAGGCAUCAUUGGCUAUGUCGGGGAACAUGGAGAAACUGUCAACAUUCCUGAUGCCUAUCAGGACCGAAGAUUCAAUGAUGAGAUCGACAAGCUAACUGGAUACAAGACAAAAUCCCUAUUGUGCAUGCCUAUCCGGAGCAGUGACGGGGAGAUUAUCGGUGUGGCCCAAGCAAUAAAUAAGAUUCCUGAGGGUGCUCCAUUUACGGAGGAUGACGAAAAAGUUAUGCAGAUGUAUCUUCCAUUCUGUGGAAUCGCCAUAUCUAACGCUCAGCUCUUUGCUGCCUCGAGGAAGGAAUAUGAAAGAAGCAGGGCUUUGCUGGAGGUGGUCAAUGACCUCUUCGAAGAACAGACGGACCUGGAGAAGAUUGUCAAGAAAAUAAUGCAUCGGGCCCAAACUCUAUUGAAAUGUGAACGCUGUUCGGUUUUACUUCUAGAAGACAUUGAAUCACCAGUGGUGAAGUUCACCAAAUCCUUUGAACUGAUGUCCCCAAAGUGCAGUGCUGAUGCUGAGAGCAGUUUCAAAGAAAGCAUGGAGAAAUCAUCCUACUCUGACUGGCUGAUAAAUAACAGCAUCGCUGAGUUGGUUGCUUCGACAGGCCUUCCUGUGAAUGUCAGCGAUGCCUACCAGGACCCACGCUUUGAUGCUGAGGCUGACCAGAUAUCUGGUUUUCACAUAAGAUCUGUUCUCUGUGUCCCUAUUUGGAACAGUAACCACCAAAUAAUUGGGGUCGCUCAAGUGCUGAACAGACUCGAUGGGAAACCUUUCGACGAUGCAGACCAGCGGCUUUUUGAGGCUUUUGUCAUCUUUUGCGGCCUUGGUAUCAACAACACAAUUAUGUAUGAUCAAGUGAAGAAGUCCUGGGCCAAGCAGUCAGUGGCUCUUGAUAGCAAGAGUCCAAAAGGGGAAAACUUUGACUCUUUAAGGUUGAUGGCAAAGGGAAAGGAAGUCAUUUUUGGUGGAAACCUAGGUGCCCACAGACUGGCGGGGCACCUCUGUAUUCUCCACACCAUGAGCAGAGUUGGUUUUGUGAGGAAGGACAUGGGGACCAGUAACGAAGAACUCUUUCCGGACAUCGUGUCCCACGUGAAUCCUCCUUCUAAAGAGUUAGGAGCCAACCCAGCUUCCUGA